ACUCUGCCGCCGCGCUAGCCUCACGCCGGCGGCGCUGACCGGGAAAGCAGCACCCUCCGCUUUGCCAGCUGGCCGGCCGAGGCGGAGGCAGCGGCAGGCUUCAGGCCGCCGGAGCUGGCGCUGCUGUACCCGGCGGGAGCCGGAGGCCGGCGGAGGCGGGCGCUGAUGGAAGUGUGAAGAGGCGGCGGCGGGACCCGGGGAAUGUGAGGCGGCGCGUGGCGGCGGCGCGGAGCGUGAGAGACGAGGAGCAGAGGUGGGGGCGCUGGAGCGGUGGCUGCGCUUCGGCUUCGAGCCCAGCUCUCCUGGCCCCAACGCGGGCUUAGCCUCCCGCCUUGGCUCGGGCAGGCGCCCGUCGACCUUUCGGCCCCUUUCGCCCGCCCUGGAGCUGGGGGCAGGGUGCCAGUGGAAGCGUGGGGCUUGGCUCUGUGAUUCAUUCAUUCUCCGCCGACGGGAGCUUCAGACCCGCUGUGCUCUGAAGAGAGGAGGGAAGAGGGGGCAGCCGCGAAUGAAGGGCCGGGCACCAGCCGGGCUCCAUUGUGCUCGGCGGCGGGGGGCGGGAAGGGGCUGAGGGAGGUGGGAUCGGGCCCCCUCCUCCAGCUCUCCGGCGUGCGCUGCGCCCCCAGCCUGCUGCCAGCCUGGAAAUGGCUCCGUUUAUUCUCCUCGGGAGAAUGAAUCGAUCCUGCCUAGCCUUCUCUUCCUCCUCCCCACCUCUUCUCUGCUCCGAGUCUUAGGAGGAGAAACAUUUAAAAAGACAGAUUCCAAUGUGGAGUGCCGUGCAGGUUGCGAGCUGCCGGGUUUGCACUUCGAGGAGAUUUUUCUAUGUAGUUUUUUUCCUAAUGUGAGCGCAGGGAAGCCGUGGCAUUACUGCUUUUGGGAUUUUUAUUCACGUGCACGUCGCGUUUGGUUGCUCGCUCCACCCCCGGGGACCUGGUGUGGUGGAGAAAUUUGAACCCGCAGCCUUAGCUCCGAAAAGGCCGAAUUACCUGGCUCUCCCUGAGUGUCGAGGAGGACAUGAGUGAAAUGACCAGCGAACUCAUUUUUUAUAGGACUCGGUGAAGCCGGAUUCUGCAUUUCCCUACUUGUAGACUCAUUUUGUGGAAUAGAAUUGAUCGCUGUCUCCUCCGCAAAGCAUUUUUAACUCGAAUAAGCAAAUGCCGCCUCUGUUUGAACGUUUUGGUAUUUACAAGAGAGAAAUCAUUUUACCUAAGAGAACUAAUUGAAUUGGCAGCAUCCUUGAAAUACCUCCAGACAAGGAUCUGGGGGUCGGGGUGGAAAAGCAACUGCGAAAUAGCAGACGGAGAAAUUCCUUUGGAAGUUAUUCCGUAGCAUAAGAGCUGAAACUUCAUAGCAAGUUUUCAUUGGGCAAAAUGGGGGAACAACCUAUCUUCAGCACUCGAGCUCAUGUCUUCCAGAUUGACCCAAACACAAAGAAGAACUGGGUACCCACCAGCAAGCAUGCAGUUACUGUGUCUUAUUUCUAUGACAGCACAAGAAAUGUGUAUAGGAUAAUCAGUUUAGAUGGCUCAAAGGCAAUAAUAAAUAGUACCAUCACCCCAAACAUGACAUUUACUAAAACAUCUCAGAAGUUUGGCCAGUGGGCUGAUAGCCGGGCAAACACUGUUUAUGGAUUGGGAUUCUCCUCUGAACAUCAUCUUUCGAAAUUUGCAGAAAAGUUUCAGGAAUUUAAAGAAGCUGCUCGACUAGCAAAGGAAAAAUCACAAGAGAAGAUGGAACUUACCAGUACACCUUCACAGGAAUCCGCAGGCGGGGAUCUUCAGUCUCCUUUAACACCAGAAAGUAUCAACGGGACAGAUGAUGAAAGAACACCUGAUGUGACACAGAACUCAGAGCCAAGGGCUGAACCAACUCAGAAUGCAUUGUCAUUUUCACAUAGUUCAGCAAUCAGCAAACAUUGGGAGGCUGAACUGGCUACCCUCAAAGGAAAUAAUGCCAAACUCACUGCAGCCCUGCUGGAGUCCACUGCCAAUGUGAAACAAUGGAAACAGCAACUUGCUGCCUAUCAAGAGGAAGCAGAACGUCUGCACAAGCGGGUGACUGAACUUGAAUGUGUUAGUAGCCAAGCAAAUGCAGUACAUACUCAUAAGACAGAAUUAAAUCAGACAAUACAAGAACUGGAAGAGACACUGAAAGUGAAGGAAGAGGAAAUAGAAAGGUUAAAACAAGAAAUUGAUAACGCCAGAGAACUACAAGAACAGAGGGAUUCUCUGACUCAGAAACUACAGGAAGUAGAAAUUCGGAACAAAGACCUGGAGGGACAACUGUCUGACUUAGAGCAACGUCUGGAGAAAAGUCAGAAUGAACAAGAAGCUUUUCGCAGUAACCUGAAGACACUCUUAGAAAUUCUGGAUGGAAAGAUAUUUGAACUAACAGAAUUACGAGAUAACUUGGCCAAGCUACUAGAAUGCAGCUAAGGAAAGUGAAAUUUCAGUGCCAAUUAAUUAAAAGAUACACUGUCUCUCUUCAUAGGACUGUUUAGGCUCUGCAUCAAGAUUGCACAAAAAAAAAAAAAAAAAAAAAAAAAAAUUUGAAUAUCACUCCUCCAGGAGGAGAAUCUUUUGAAAAUUGGAAUUGUAUAUUUCACUGUAAAUUUUAGAAUCCAGCUUGUAGCUAGUUGGGGAAAAAAGAGAUGAAAAACUUGAACUACAAAUUACCUCCAUGUAUAUUAUUGGCCAUAGUUAACUAGAAAGUUAUAAAUAGACACUUAAUGCAAUCUUUUUUCCUGAUAUUAGCCAAUGGGAGAAUUAACAAUGUCUAGGUCACAUCCCCUUUUUGUGUUCAACACAGUGAAGAUUAUCUGCUUUUUAAAUUAAUUUAUUUACGAUAUCUAGAGCUGUGUUUUGUGCAAAAACUUAGUGAUGAAAGCCUGUCUUUUGUUGUAAUCUGAAUAAUUUCUCAGGAUAUUUUUGCACUGCUGAGAAGCAGUGCCAUUACCAAUUAAUUCUUGCCAGGAGUGAGAGAGAGCUGUAUCUUUAAUUGAAAUAUACUAUAACUGGGUGUAUAGAGUUCUUCCCUUUUUUGUGCUGGAAGAUAUUUCACUCUGGUGACUACUCUGGUACACUCUGGUGUUCUCUAAUCUUGUCUGUUGUAUAGCUUACUUUUCCAUAUUGAUUCCAUGUAUUUAUGAGAAGAUAUUGUCUCCCAUUUUAUUACACAUUUUAAAGCCAACUAACGAAGGCAGCUGAGUCCCUCAGAAAUUUUUCUUUUUAAAUUUCUAAUAAAUUUGACACACAGUACUGAAAUACAGCAGCCCGUCAUUGGCGGUCUGGUCUAGCAAUGUUAAGUAUAUUUACAGAAUAUGCAGUUACAUUUAUUUAUAUAUUUUGCAAGAAAUCUUUUCUGAAUGAUCAAUGCAUUUCAAUUUACGAAUAAUAAUGGUUAUUGGGGAACUGUUUAUUAUAGAUAAUUUUAAGGUGUAUAGCUAUUUUAAAGGGGGUCCAUUUACAUCAAACAGCCGAUCAGAGGACUCUAUCUAAAUUGUGAUCGUGGCAGAUAGAGAUGAAGUCAUGUACUCUAUCUGGCUCUACACACCAAUCACAUCUUGAUUCAAACCUCACAAGGCAAUAUUCUGAACUGUUAACUAGGUAUUUCAAAACAGGAAUUAAAUUCAAUAGGCUCUUCUCAGUGAACAGGGUUUUAAUGUUGUUUUGAUGUAAUUUUAAAAGACUUUUAGCAAAUAUGCAUUUCUUUAUAUAUUUAUUUUAUGAAGCUAUUUUAAAAGUAAGCCAAGUGCUGUCUAGUCUGCUUAUAAAGUAGGAAUUGCAUCAGAGUACAUAUAUUCUUGCUGUACAAUGCCUGUGAUGUUGAGGAGGGUUCUUUUUUAAAGUGUGUGCUUGAGUAUCUGACUCUAUGGAGUCUACAAAUGCACUGACUUCUUGUUUGUACCCCAAAAUGAUUGAAUUGUUAAGUACAAAAUUAAGCUAAUUAACCAAUUUGUAACCAUUUUUUCACUCAUAAACAGCUACUCAAUACUAGAUAAUUUUGUUUUUUAUGUAUGUGUAUGUACGUAAAUACAUACAUAUUAAUUUACAUUAGAGUGAAAAAUAAAUGGUUUGUUUCUGAAGUUAGUUUCUAAAGUGAGUUUUCAGGUGUCUCUGAAAAAUUUAUAACAAUCAUCAUGUAUUAUAUGUGCUGUAACAUCAUGUACGUUACCUCCAUCUAUUUUAGGACAUUUUCCUCACCUAUAUAUUAUAGGGAGAAUAAUUUAGAUACACAUGCUCAGAGCUGAGAUAUUUCUCUGAUAAAUCAGGUAACAAAAUGUAUUUGAUUGAUGGAAUUUUGAAGUAAAUGUGAUUUUAUCCAUCAGUUUCUGAGUAACAAAGAGCACCAAGUUUUAAUUUAAAUAGGGGAUUUAACACUAGGGAUCAGGGAGUUUAGUUAUGAAGAGUUAAAAAAAUUUAAAAAACAGUGUAAGCUAUUGAAAUGGCAAGUGAAUUUAAUUAUGUAAUAAAAUAUUUUUAAAUUUUGACAUAGUGAUCAUUUAAUGAAAAAACUCACCAAAAUGUCUCCAUUUGAAUUGUAUUGAUAAUGUGGGACAUAUGUGUAAUUCAAUAUAUACAUAUACCCAUAUGUAUAUACAGAAAAUUAUUUUUAAUACUUUCCUACUGGUAUGAAAUUUAAAAUUGGAAAUUUUGUGAGUGUUUUUCUUGUCCAAUAGAGCCUGAUUGUUUCCUUUUUUAGUGAUUUAACAAUCUCUUGAGGGCUGCACCUUUAAAUUCCCAGAUUGUCAAUAGACAUGUACAGUAUAUGGGAUAAGGUGGACACAAGUGCACAUAUAAAUAAAAUCUUCUUAAGACUUUUAACUAUUCAUUUACAGUAGGAGAGUAUGUAGAAAUCAUCAUCCACAAGUCAUAAUUAGGUUGUGUGCCUACUGUAGUUUCUUCCAUUUCUGUAUUAUAUAAACAUUUGCAUAUUGAAAUUUGAUUUUUCCCAGAGACAAGUAUUAUAUACUGUAUCUAUAUUUAAAUCAAACUGUGGUAAUAUAUUUCUCAGAAAAUAAUGUUGGGGACUAUAGCCUGAACAUGUGGACUUGAAGCGACAUGGAGGAGGAGGUUGAUCCCGUUGUGUAUAAGUUAAUAUGUGAUAACUAUUGAACCUUGUACAAAAACAAAAAUUGAAAAAAAAAAAAAGCAAAAAUACAGUUUUUAUUUUGAAAUACAUUUGUUCUCUGGAGAAUGUACUUUAUCUUUUUUUCCUCCAGUCUUUUACAGAUAUUUAAAAGCAUUUAAAUGAUGACAGCAUUUACUUAAAUCUUUCAGGUGCUACUGGAUUUUGCAUUAGUGUGUUAUGUUGUGAAAUCCUAACUUUGACAUAAAAGGUUUUAUAAGUAUUCCCCUGCCUGGAAAAUUAGUUUUUGUUCUCCUCUCUCUCUCUUUCUCUUUUCCACUUUCUUUCUGCAGACUAAAACAUGCUCACGAAGUUGCAUCUCUCCUUGUCUCUAUAGAAGAUCUCCAGUACCAUCAUAGAUUUGAUGUUCUGCUGUCACUGAACUGUUGGGAAGCAGUUAGAGGAAAAGCUCACUUUUUUUUUCAGGUGGAAAUAAAAGGAACACUCAAAAUUAAGCCACCACCACCACUACCUUUAAAAACUAGUUUAUUUGCCCUGUUAAAAUUAAAUGUAUUCUUUAACAUGUGGGCUACAGUCUCCCAUGUUUUUAUUUAACUGAAGCAUAUACACUUCAGUCACUUAUCUCCUUGUGGUCCUGAUUUUGUCAGUACUGGAAUGGGAGGCAGGUCGGGGAAAGUUUGUUUGAUGGCAGUGGAUUCUUAUUGUUGUUUUAACCAUUGCAUUUAUUUGAUAUCAAAUGAUUUUGACAUCCUGAAAUUCUGUGCUUGAAGUCAUGAAAUGAUUUUCAUUGAAUUUUUGCCUCCUAAAUGUAUAGCAUGAAGUAAAUUAAUUUAUACAAAAUCUUAAGAAACCUUUCAGGUAAGAAGUAGUUGAGAUUGACACUGUUAGAACAUUUCUCAAUUUCUAAAUUUAGAAAUUACUAGAAAAGGAAAGGAUGUGUCAUUCACCUUACUCCAAAUUGUGAAAAUGUAUUUUUUCCUAAUAUUCAUGUUAAAUUUUACCUUGAAAUUUUAUGAUAGUUUUUCUUCAUGAGAAACUGCUGUAUAGAUGUCACACAAAUACAAGCAAAGUUACUGAAUUAAAGUAGUGGGUACUUAGCAUUUUUUGUUUAUAUAUUACCUAGUAAAAUAGCUAAAAAUCAUAUCCCAGAAAACGCAAAAACUCAGUCAGCACUACACUGCCUAGUGGUUUCUGCUUAGUACAAUAAACAGAAAAAAAAAACAUUUUAAGUGAUUUUUACCAAAAACAUGAACUAGGGAGAAAUUGCAUCUGGACUAGAAUAGACAGAAGGCCACAAACUCCUAGUCGACUUCUUGUCAAGUCUCUCGUCUCUGUAAGGACCUCUCCUUUAGGUUAAAGGACACACCACUUCUUGGCCUUUUGGCUAAGAUCAGGUGUAGGUUAAAGGACAUAUUCCAGAAGACACCAAGAUUAUAUCUGGGUGGGAAGAGGAUAUUUUUUGUGAAAGCAGAUGCAGAAAAAAGAGCAGGAACAUGCUGCCUUCAGUUUUUAUCUGAGGCAUAUCAGGAUAGCCAGAGACACAGACCGACUAUUUCCUACCUUGCUGCUGCUUUUAACCAGACAGAUCGAGAUGGCACUAAUGAGUUUCAGAGACUUUCAGAAAACCCUGUCACUUGUCUUGUCAGGAUUUGUAACCCAAUAUAAGACACCUGACAUUCAGAACUCACCAUUUUGUGGGAUUCUGACCUACUUUUUUUUUUUUUUUUUUUUUGAGAUGGAGUCUCACUCACUCUAUUGCCCAGGUUGGAAUGCAGUGGUGCGAUCUUGGCUCACUGCAACCUCUGCCUCCCAGGUUCAAGCAAUUCUGCCUCAGCCUCCUGAGUAGCUGGGACUACAGGCACCUGCCACCACGCCUGGCCAAUUUUUGUAUUUUAAUUAGAGUCGGGGUUUCACCAUGUUGCGUAGGCUGCUCUUGAACUCCUGACCUCAAGUGAUCCACUCGCCUCGGCCUCCCAAAGUGCUGGGAUUACAGGCCACCAUGCCUGGCCCUGACCUACUUUUGCCGGUUGUUUUCAUAUCAGAUAUACCCAGGGAUAGAAGUAUUACUCUGUUUUCUUCUAACAACACGAAGUGAAGAUAAUGGGUGCCUAAUAAAUGCAAAUAUAAGGUCAUUUCUGUAGCACAGAAAAAUCUUUUGUGUUUAUCAACAUUCAUGAUUUUUCUUGUUACCUGUGUAUUGUAACUACCUUACUAUAGACACAGAUAUAUUGUCAGUCACAUCUAUAUGACUUGUGGAUAUGACUUACUUGAUUAUUCUACCUUAAUUUAUAAGGAAUGACUAUCUCAGGAAGCAUGACUAGAAAGCAGAUGUAGUUGAAGUGAAUGUUUUCUCUGACUUCAGUUUGAAAUGGAACAUCAAGAAGUAUGUAUUAAACAUCUGCUGUGUGAUAGGCACUGUACUAAUUGAUAUUUUAUUUCUAUGGAUAGCGGCCUUUCCAGGGGUAUUCCUGUGGGAGGGGAGGGGGAUAAGGAAGGGAAGAGGCUCAAAUGAUUCUGCCUGCUGUUCCCAUGGUUAUUGGUCUAGUUAUCCAGCACACUGGUGAAAAGGUGGAGGUCUUGCUCAUAUUUGUGGUACAAUUUUUUUGGCUUUUCUGUCUUGCCUCUCUAGAGUAUCUCUGUUAGGGCACUUGUUAACUAAAUAUUUCAUAUCUGGUCUUCUGAACGUCUUCAGUCUUCUUUGGUGUUUACAGUACUUCUUAUGAAGUUAUAAAUUUUACUUUCUUUGCAGGUGUCAUUUAUGCAAUAUGUUUUGGACUCAAUUUUUUUUUAAACUUACAAACUUCCAAUAAUCCAACAAAAGUAAGUAAUUCUUUAUAUGCAUACUUUUAAUCUAUAAAUUUAAGUAGCAAACUAUUUGGCCUUGGGAAAGCAGCUCAUCUCUUAAGUUUUUAAUGAAAUGAGUUGUAAACCUAUAAAACUCAUCCCCGGACACUAUAUAGUAGUUUAACAGGAUAUGGGUUUUGCUGUCAGUACUGGGUGACUUUGUGGUCAAUUCUGGUUGUGCCAGAACUUAAUGUCU